AUGUCGUCGCAUGUGGCGAAUGCCAAGCAGCGAAUUCUCAGCAGUCUGUCGCUGGCGGGGCAAGAGGCGGUACUGUUCACCACUUUGCAGCGCGACCUCGCGUUGGAUCAGCGUACCGCAGCCGACGCUCUGCGGGGUCUCAUGGAGGGCGGGAAGGUGGUGCUGCGUCGUGGGAACAGUGAUGGAAGCGUGUAUGUCGCGCUCUCGAACAGCAUGCCGGAGGGACCCUCGCUGGUUCUUGACGCGAUACGAUCCAGUGGGAACAGUGGGAUCGAUCAGGCCACUUUGUGCAGCAGGGUCCGUCUGCCCAAGAAUGAAGUCAUCAAGUCUCUUCAGCUGCUUGUGGCGCAAAAGCGCAUCAAGGAACGCCGCUGCUUUUCAAAUCGCGCAAAGCGUAUUUAUCUUCUCUUUGAAUUUGAGCCUAGUGAUGAAAUCACCGGAGGAACUUUUUAUGGUGGCGAGGAUUCUCGCGAGAUGGAUGUGUGGUUUGUUGACGGGAUGAGGCGACUUAUCGUGGCCCUUGUCGCCCAGCGUCAUUCGGUUUCCCUGGAGCAGAUUACACAGCAUCUGCAUGAGUCUCAUGGCAGUGGGGCUGCCGGGGAAGCGACACUCGGCGGUGUUGAUGCCGUGGUGGUGAUGACGGCGCUUCCCAGUGGCUCCGUAGUCACUUCAGCCAAUGACAAUAAAGGCGGAAACAAGCGGAUUUCUCAACGGGACGCGCAACUGCUGGUGCAAACAUUAGUCUUAGACGGUGUGUUGGACUGCGUGACACCCUCCGUUGGGGCGCCUCCGCAGUACCAGUUGGCAACUGGGAAGAAUGUCCUACGGCACUUCACGGCAACGCCCGCUGCAGCUGGCGGCUGGCCUUCGAAUGGCGUGACGACACCGCUUGAGGAUGGACGUGAAGGGCAUGGUGAUGUUUUUGCCGGUGGAUUGUGGAACCCCGCACCGGUCGCGCAGCCAAGCGCGUGGGCAAUGCCGGCGGUGGGGUUGCCGUGUUUGGGUUGUCCACAGCUUUCGGUGUGCUUUGCGAGCAGCAACAGCGUCGUCAAUCCGUGCAAUUGCGCGUAUUUAAAUGAGUGGCUUAGUUGA